GAUAUGCCAAUAGUGUCAACGUAAGAAAAAAAUGCGACGAGGGAUAGACGCUUAUCAAAAACCACCUCCCUCUGGGGGGUAUUACUAUUCUCGUAUCGGAGCAGGACCACCGUCUAGUGCUCCGUCACCGUCAAGUUCACAUCGUCAUUCGUCUCAGAUUCCGAUCGCCUAUCACGACAUGCAGAACAACGCACCUCAACGUGCUGGCAUGGGGCCUCGCAUCGAUGAAGUUACGCCGUCAUAUUUUGUCGAGCAUUUGGCGACGUUCGCCGUUGGCCGGCAAUUUGGCCUCACCUUCCCGGCUGAUGGCAUCAGGAAACUCAAGCAAAUGGAGAAGAGCUCAGCGAUAUGGGCUCAGCCUCUGGUGCUUAGAUUCCGGCAAAAUGGCGUUACUGUAGAGGAUGAGAAUGGGGACCUUGUCGAGCAGUUUCCUCUCGAUUUGAUCGAGCAACCGACUGCACAUGUGUCGAAUGACCCAAGAGAUACAUACAAUAAUAUUUUGCUGUUCAUAGUUCGAGAAGAUACACGGAAUAAACGCUCGUCUACUCCGACAGAGAUGCACAUUUUUCAGUGCAAUCGAGUGGCUGCCACCGAAGUUGCCGAUGAUCUACAAUGGUAUAUGCGUGGCCAAUUUAGAAAAGUACGACCUGGACGACGAAACAGUGGUCCCCAAGCUGUCAAUGUCCCUCCAGAAUUUGCGCAAUAUCCCACUGAUGAUCUUUCUGUGCAAGGUGAUACCGCCGAGGUUUUUGAGAGGGAUGUGAACACGCUAAAUCGCUGCUUCGAUGAUAUAGAGAGGUUCGUAGCUCGAAUACAAUCAGCCGCUUUAGCACAACGAGAGCUCGAGCAGCAGGCUCAUCGUUACCGAACGGCAAACCGCAGAGAUAAAAGGGGUGGACCACCACCUCCUGAUCCAAAUGGUAUCCUACAUAUGAGAGCACAAUUACCCAUUGAACCCGAAUUUGUGGAUAUAUUUAGGAAAUUUAAACUAAGCUUCAAUUUAUUGGCUAAACUAAAAAAUCAUAUACAUGAGCCAAAUGCUCCUGAAUUAUUGCAUUUUCUCUUCACUCCUCUAACUGUGAUCUUGGAAGCUUGUCAUUGGGGUUUGGGAAGAAAUAUUGCCCCACAAAUUGUAUCGCCUUUGUUAUCACUUGAAGCACGUGAAUUGAUGCAAAAUUGUCUAACCAGCAAAGAAACUGAUGUUUGGAUGAGUUUGGGUGAAACUUGGAGAACACCACCCGAAGAUUGGGCUGGGCCUCUGCCGGCUCCGUACAAACCCGUGUUUAUCGACGGGUUUGCCCCCUACGGUCCUCCCGAACAGUUACGACCUCCUCCGGGUCCUGGCAACUACGCCCCUGCUCCACUUCAUCGGGGCGAGUCCGCUCCCCCGGUGCACUACAAGCCCCAUCCGAGGGACAGAAGCGUAGAUACGGCUCCCUCCACUCCUAUGAAUAGCAGAACGAAGUUACGACCUCAAAGGAAUAUGAGCGUCGACAAUCUUGAUCUGGACCGCCUCUCUUUGGAGCGGGAGCGCCUAGAUUUCGAAAGGCAGAAAAUGUUAGAAAGGGAGCGACGCCUAGCUGACGAGGAAAAUAAGAUCAAGGCUGAACGAGCGCGGUUAGAAGCAGAACGAAAGAUGAUCAAACAAGAGUCUGAUUCCGUGAAUAGCAGUCGUUCAAAGUCCAUUUACGAACCCCCUUCGUCGCAGCCGUCACCAAUGGCUGGAAGAGGCCUUCGCCCUGUUUUAAUUCCUGACUUAGGCGAUCAAUCCCCUCGGCAAAGAGCAUUCGUAGAAGACGCGAUAGGAAGAGGCAGCAAGUUGGUGAUGGCCACUUUCGAUAGAGUCGCUCAAAAUGCUAAGGAGUUGACUGUUAGUCGCGGAGAAUAUCUCGAGGUGCUGGACGAUGCUAAGAACUGGUGGGAAUGCCGCAAUGUGCACCAACGGGUUGGCUACGUACCUCACACAAUCCUUUCAGUGGUUCCUUUGGAUCAGCCAGAUAUGCGAGACACUUACAUGGCAAUGCGUGAUCAGCAGUCGAUUCCAAAUGGUCACGUGCAAGGAAGCAGUUCGAAGCAAGAGGAGCCUACAUACGAGCCUGCAGUACCUACCAAAACCUACGAAGCUGGAGUACAAGCCAACGUUCAACUUGUCUCUGGUCCUUACGCACCAUCGGAUUCACGAGCCACCACAAGGACUGAAAUGAGGUCAGAAACGUUUAACAGACCAGCUUCUGCGGCUGAGACUAUCUCGCAGGGCUCCGUUGAAGAUUAUAUGCCUCAGGAGCCUGAGAACGCUGUACAACGUAAACCACGUAUCGCUGUAGCUAGAAGAACUCCAGAGACUGAGGCGGUGGUUAGUGAACUGUUAGAAACAGUUGGGAAAACACAGGGGAGAGUAAUCAAAAAGAAAGAACAGCCCCCAUGUACAGUGUUUCUCAAUGAAAACUCGACGCCUGGCGACGUGUCGACAUGGCUGCAAGAGAAAGGUUUUAGUAUGAGGGUGAUUGAGUUGCUCGAAGGACAAGAUGGUGCAAAUCUGUUCGCGUUGAAUAAGAGCAGUUUAAUGAAGGCAUGUGGAAAAGAGGAAGGAAGUCGCCUUUAUAGUCAACUGCUUGUUCAGAAGAAGCAAAGUAAUUACAAAACAUACACGAAUGCGGAACUGAACGCUAUCCUCAAUUAUCGUCGGAAGCAUGUGGAUGUGACAAAUGAAGCACCUGGCAAUGAGCCAGCCACUGUUGCCGACUAAUAAAAUAGAGAAUUCUUCAACUUAGUUAAGUGGGGAAGUGUGGUGGAUUCCCGCUCGCUAAUCAGGAUUUCAAAUGACUAUUUUACUAAAACGCUUUUAUGUUCUUUUCCCAUUUUUGCCUACUUUGGAAUGGGUUUUCUAAACAGAACUUUUAUCUUGUAAUUGGUUUGCGGAUGCUUAUACUGUUAUAUUCGUGACCAUUCCAAUGUAAGAGAUCAUGUCAAUGUCUUAUCUCAUGCAUCACUUUCUCUUUCUAAUUUUAGUAUUGUUUAAUUGAUACUACUGCUCAGAAUUUCUGUGUGAAUUCGCUGUGAUACUUUUAGAUGCAAUAGAUCAGUCGAAGCUCAUUCACGUGCAUUGCUACUUUGCGAGUCACUUAUUGUUCACUUUCUAAAAGGAUAUUCUCAGAGUUGAUACAUGUUUAUUUUCUUAAGUGCAGUAGAUUUUUCGUGCUUGAGCAAGUUGUUGUACGUACUUUUUGAAUGAAUAAGAUCAAAUGAUCCUAAUUCAGGUCAACUUG